AAAACGAGUAAUCACUGUAAUUAACACAGUAAUUAACUUCAAACCUAAGCUCUGUUGAAUUAAAUAUUUAAGUUCAGUAUCGCAAUUCCUCUCUCUUCUCUCACUAUUUCUCGCUCUAGACAUUUUCUUCAUUCUCCCCAGUUUUCAAAAGUUCAAACUUUCAGCAAAUCCUCUCAGACCCUAACUAUACAAUUAGUUUCAUGCACAUAUAGGUAGAAUUACCCAUAUACAGUUGUUUGUAUACUCGAUCUUCUCCCAUUCUCUUGGAUCUGCGGCGGUUGGCGGUGGUUCGAUCGGUGGUUCGGUUAAAAGUACGCCGUACUUUUUUUCUUUCGCGUCCGACCUAUUGGAUUUUUCAAGGGAGGAUAACUGACUGCAAUCCAUGGAGGCCAUUGAGGAGUUGUUGCAGCUCUCCGAUUCGAUGCGGCAGGCGUCGGCGCUGCUGGCGGAUGAAGAUGUGGACGAGACAACGGCGUCCUCUGCUGCCUCCAAGCGGACAUCCACUUUCCUCAAUGUUGUUGCUCUUGGUAACACGUUUGUAGCUUUUAGUGCUUCUACCACUUUCAUAGAUCAUUAUCCCUUUGGUGUUUUCUGUGCGAUACUGAAGAUGAUGACGAUCACUUACAUUCAGAAAAGUGACAUGAGUUCCCAGCUAAAGCUUAGUGAUUGUGAACCAUUUCCUCAGGGUGCAGGAAAGUCUGCAGUGCUGAAUAGUCUAAUUGGACAUCCUGCAUUGCCAACUGGGGAAGGUGGUGCUACUCGGGCUCCAAUAUGUAUUGAUCUAGCAAGGGAUAGUUCGCUAAGCACCAAAUCCAUUAUUUUGCAGAUUGAUAGUAAAUCCCAACCAGUAUCCGCAAGUGCUCUUCGGCAUUCAUUACAGGAUAGGUUGAGCAGAAUAUCUGGGAAAAGUCGUGAUGAAAUAUAUUUGAAACUUCGUACAAGUACAGCUCCACCGUUGAAAUUAAUUGAUUUGCCUGGUGUAGAUAAGGGCAAUCUGGAUGAUUCCUUGAGUCAGUAUGCUGAACGCAGUGAUGCAAUAUUGUUCGUCGUGAUACCUGCUACUCAAGCUCCAGAGGUGGCUUCAGCCAAAGCCAUCAGAAUUGCCAAGGAACUUGAUGGAGAAUGUACAAGAACUGUUGGAGUAAUUAGCAAGAUAGAUCAAGCAUCUUCAGAACCGAAAAUUCUUGCUGCUGUGCAGGCUCUUUUGUUAAAUCAAGGACCUAGAAGUACAUCUGAGAUCCCAUGGGUUGCUUUGAUUGGUCAGUCUGUCUCUAUAGCAUCUGCUCAAUCUGGGGGUGUUGGAUCUGAUAAUUCCUUAGAAACUGCAUGGCGGGCAGAAACUGAGAGUUUGAAAUCUAUACUGCCGGGAGCUCCUCAAAGCAAACUUGGGAGAUUAGCAUUGGUUGAGACCCUUGCCCAACAGAUCAGAAAUCGGAUGAAAAUUAGGCUGCCAAAUCUCCUUUCAGGGCUUCAGGGGAAGUCCCAGGUAGUGCAGGAUGAACUUUUCAGACUUGGUGAACAGAUGGUUCAGAGUUCUGAGGGUACCAGAGCUUUAGCUUUGGAACUCUGCCGUGAAUUUGAGGACAAGUUCCUCCAACAUAUCACAACAGGAGAGGGAGGUGGGUGGAAAGUGGUUGCUAGUUUUGAAGGGAAUUUCCCUAAUAGGAUCAAGCAACUUCCUUUAGAUAGACACUUUGACAUCAAUAAUGUUAAAAGGAUUGUGCUCGAAGCAGAUGGUUAUCAACCUUAUCUUAUCUCUCCUGAGAAAGGGUUGAGAUCUUUAAUUAAAGGUGUUUUGGAACUCGCAAAAGAACCUUCGCGCCUUUGUGUUGAUGAGGUGCAUCGGGUUCUAAUUGAUAUUGUCUCAACUGCUGCAAAUGCCACAGCAGGCCUUGGAAGAUACCCUCCAUUUAAGCGAGAGGUUGUGGCAAUUGCCACAGCUGCUUUGGAAGGCUUCAAGAAUGAAGCUAAAAAUAUGGUAGUUGCACUCGUUGACAUGGAACGUGCAUUUGUUCCGCCACAACAUUUUAUACGUUUGGUGCAGAGGCGGAUGGACAGACAACGACGUGAAGAAGAGUUGAAGGGCCGAUCAUCUAAGAAGGCACUUGAUGCAGAGCAAUCCAUAUUAAACAGAGCAACUAGUCCACAAACUGUAGGCCAACAAAGUGGGGGGAUUCUAAAAUCAUUGAAGGAUAACAAAUCCAAUCCACAAGAUAAAGAUAAAGAUGGGCAAGAAGGAUCCGGACUUAAGACUGCAGGACCAGAUGGAGAAAUAACAGCAGGCUUCUUGUUGAAGAAAAGCGCAAAAAAUAAUGAUUGGAGUAAAAGAUGGUUUGUGUUGAAUGAGAAAACAGGAAAACUCGGGUAUACAAAGAAACAAGAAGAGAGGCAUUUCCGUGGUGUUAUCACUUUAGAGGAAUGUAAUCUGGAAGAAGUUGCCGAAGAAGAAGAAGCUCCUUCAAAGAGUUCUAAAGAUAAAAAAGCAAAUGGUGCAGCUGCAGCAAAAGCACCAAGUCUUGUUUUCAAGUUGACAAGCAGGGUUCAGUAUAAGACUGUCCUGAAAGCCCAUAGUGCUGUUGUUUUGAAGGCUGAGAGCAUGACCGACAAGACGGAGUGGCUGAAUAAAUUAAGAAAUGUCAUCAGUGCUAAAGGAGGUCAAGUGAAGAGCGAAUCUGGUCCUCCUAUGCGGCAAAGUCAUUCUGAUGGUUCUCUUGAAACAAUGACCAGAAGACCCGUGGAUCCAGAAGAAGAACUUCGAUGGAUGUCUCAGGAAGUGCGUGGUUAUGUUGAAGCUGUUCUCAACAGUCUUGCUGCCAAUGUCCCAAAGGCAGUCGUACUUUGCCAAGUUGAGAAGGCCAAAGAAGACAUGCUUAAUAAGCUAUACAGUUCUGUCAGUGCACAAAGCAUGGCAAAGAUCGAAGAGCUCCUUCAGGAGGAUCAGAAUGUGAAGCGGAGGAGAGAACGUUAUCAGAAACAGUCCUCCCUCCUUUCCAAGCUGACGAGGCAACUCAGCAUCCAUGACAAUCGAGCAGCUGCAGCUUCCAGCUACUCCAAUGGUGGAGCAGAAAAUAGUCCGACUGCUGUUGGUCCAUCAUCAGGGGAUGACUGGAGAUCUGCGUUCGAUGCUGCAGCCAACGGGCGGUCAGAUUCGUUUGGGGACUCGAGAUCCAACGGUCAUAGCCGCAGGAACAGUGACCCUUCCCAAAAUGGUGACAUCAGCUAUGGGUCAAACUCGAGCAGCCGCCGAACGCCCAACCGCUUGCCGCCUGCUCCCCCUUCGUCCAAUUCCGGCUAUAGAUUUUAGGAUUAGCUUGGAUUUUAAUUUUGACUGUUGAUUCUUGAAAUUCUUGUCGGGUGGUGGGGAGAGAAAUGUUUUUUUUUUUUUUNUCUUCUUCUCGAGCUUUGAUCUGAGCUCGGGUGUCUUGUCAUUGUUGAGAGAUUGGAGGAUCGAUAUACGUAUCUUUUUGUAUGUAAUAUAUAGAUGUCAUGAAUCAUGAUUAAUGUCCUUUUGUGUUCGGAGCUGUUGAAAUUUUUUUUGUUCUGUAUUGACAGAGAUAUAUAAGAAGAUUUCCCUACAACUGUUUUGUUUGGAUAUUGUUGGACGCAGAAGUUGUAUUUUGUAACUCAUCAAGAGAUUUUGAUAUUCUUUUUAUUUUAACUCUUGAUUAUA